AUGACAAACGGAAGUGAUCUUAUUUCAAAAAUUCAUGCAAGGAUGGAAAAACAUAAAGAAUCAUUUUUUGUUGUUCGUUUACGUAAUUCAAUGUCAAAUCCUGCAAUAUUAACCGAUACAGAUCUAUUAAUACAAUGUGAUUUAAUGGAAUCUCGCCCAUGGAGUAAAAUAUUGAAGGAAACGGACCGCGUAACGCGUUUCC